CGGCGGCAUGGGGGGGCUUCAUGGAGCGUCGGCCGCUGUGGGUGCGGCUGCUGCGGCGGGUACCGCUCGUGCCGCCGCCAACGGUGUUGCCGGAGUGGCUUCGGUGGGCGCCGGCGGCGGCGGCAUGGGGGGGCUUCAUGAAGCGUCGGCCGCUGGGGGUGUUGCUGACGACCCGGGUGCCCAGGCAGUAAAUGCUAGGAACAUUGCUAUGCAAGCCUUGACCCACCAAUUCCCCAACAGUGGCCAGGUGGCGGGUGCAGCUGCGGCAUUAAUCCAAGCUCAAAUGAACGAAAGGUCAGCCACGUGAGACUACGUUGACCGUGUCAACACCAACACCGACCAUUUGUGUGCGAAUCGUGUGCGUUUUUUUUUCCGGGGUUGCUUUUCGGGGGGCUGAACCGGCUGUUGCCUCGGUGAUUUCGGUGUCGCAUUGUGUACGUCGUGCCGCGUUGGGUGCGUUGCUCGCCGCGCUCCUUGUGUUAGCCUUCCCCUGUUGCCCUUUUUCUUGUUUGUUUGUUUCCCGUAAACAGCGGCUUCGAUUUACACGUAUGCUGAGCGGGGUGUUCGUCCAUGACCAUGAGUUAGGAGGUCGAGGAGAAGGAAGACAGCUCAAGAGUUUUUUCUUUGUUUGCGGUCAAACGGGGAUGACUCCCAGUGCACAGAUUUGCUCGUGGUCCAAUUUUCGUCUCCCGCGUGGAGUGAGAUUGUGCGGGAAUGUUUCCUCUAAUACCCGAAUUGUUCGUCUUCUACCGACCUGUCGGGCGUGUUUCUUUAGUUUUAGGGGGAUGGGUCAAUAAGCACUUGCUGCCUAAAUUUUCUCAGGGGGAGAGGGAUCCCCUUCUUUCCUAUCUCUGGGGCACUGCUGUCCCGACGCUUUCGCAUAAUGUCAACUAGGAACGGUAUCUCCGGUAUUUCUUUUUGUUCGGCUUGGAUAUUUAGCCUGUGGAAUAUCAACCCUCGAGCAUCCCUAUGAAACUCCCGAGCACGUCGUACGGGCGGGGGGGUCGCGAGGUAUGGAGUCUUUCCCACUGGUGUCAUUGAUAUGGUCUGGCGAACGAAGCAUUUUGUCCACGUUCCAUGUCGAUGUUUCCUGAGAUUAAUCACAGGGAAAGGCGGGUGGAGGAAUUUAUGUAGCGGAAUUGAUAUCGCCAUAUCGAUUAUAUCCGCGUGAUGAUUUUCAUUUGGGGGUUCAGCAGAUAUCCGCGUGAUGAUUCCCGUUUUUGGCUUGGUGUUGCGCGUGACGAGACGCCAUAGAGUCAUGGUACGGGGACCUCGGUAUGGCCGCAUUUCGUGAGAGGGUUUUUAUACCAAGGAAAAUAUACUCGGCAUUGGUUGACAUAGUUUUUUGGGGGGACCGCGUAAGUAACUGUUUCGCGUAGAACAAGCUAUCUUCGACGUUGUGUUCUUCAUAGGAAAAGGUUGUGGAUUUAUUCGCGUCAAAUGUUGACUAGCGAACUUCUCGAAUCUCGGAUGGGGGGCUGCCAGGUGUGUUAUCGGGCACAAUUAACAAUCGGUAGAUCCUUGCGGGUCAAUUGAGUGUUGGAGGCUUCGUUUGUCAUGUAUGGGUGUACACUGCUGUUACACUCUCUUUCGCGAGGCUGCCGAUCUUUCACUCUUAAUCACAACUUCUUGCGCGUGACUUUGCCCAUGCUCAUUUUUCUCAGCGGCCGGCCUCUAUGGGAUGAAAAUGCAAACAAACCAGAGAUGGCACCUGGCCCUGCGACACGAUUGUCACUGGGGGCACCCUCAUGGCGGUGCAACCGUCUCUUGUUUCGCGUACGAAAACCGUUGUAGGUACGGGCCAACACAGCAGUACCGGU